AUGCCUCUGAAGCCGGGCCUUGCCAGGAUCGGCGAGGUGGCCGCGCUGCUGGGCAGCGACGACCCGGAGACCAAGCAGACCGCCGCGUGGGCGGUGGGCCAGAUCGGCGGCGUGCCCGCGGCGGUGGCGGCCAGGCUGGCGCAGCUGCUGGCCGGCGACCAGCCCGCGGGCCCCCGCUGGUUUGCGACCGAGGCCCUGGGCGAGCUGGGCGACGUCGGGACGCCCUUCGCGGGCGAGAUCGCCAGGCUGCUGCAGGACCCCAGCGCGGAGCUCCGGGCGGUCGCCGCGCGGGCCCUGGGGCAGCUCUGCGCCGGGUCGCCGGGCCGCGCCUCCGAGCUGGCGCCCCUGCUGCGAGACAGCGACGCGUCCGUGCAGGAGGGCGCCGCGGAGGCGCUGGGCAGGAUGGGCGGGGCCGCCGCUGCGCACGCCGACGCCGUGCGGAGGCUGCUGGACGGGGACGACGUCGACCUCGUCGCGACCGCGCAGAAAGCGCUCGGGAGGAUGCUGGGCACCCCGUCGUGCCCAGCGGCGCCCGCAGCCGCGGCGGGGCCGGAGGGCCCCGUGGGGCCGGGGUGA